AUGGAUAGCACUUCAAAUAGCAAACCGGUUCGCCACCGUGAUACGGUGUUUGCAACCAGCAACCAAGACUCCCUCAAACGCGUAUUUCGCGGGGUAGAGUCCAAUGGCAGGCCAAAGAUCCGUCGCAUGAUACCUAUAGUCCCUGAACAAAGCUCAAGGGGGUCAACGCCGGUGGCCGCGGUCGCCCAGCUUCGUAAAGCAGUGAUGAACCCCUGGGAUCGAUACCAGAAGUGUCUCGAGAAGGAGGAAGGGAUUCCAGGAAUGAUUGCACACGCAAAGGAUGGCAGUUUCGAAGAGAUGCUUUUGCGAGAGAUCAAGGUUCACAGCAAGGAAUGGCUCUCAAGAAUUAUCCCCAUCUCACAAAAGAAUAUUGUUGACCUUCGCGAGGCCUUCUAUGAUAAUGGCAGUAUCUUUUUGUUCUACGAGAUGAUGGAUGUUUCUCUGGCACAAAUUUUUGGUGCGCCGCAUCGUGGCCUCCGGCACUACGAGGUUGCCGCCUUUUGCAAGGAGGUCCUUGAAGGAUUGGCCUACCUUCAUACGCAGCUAAAGAUGGCACAUGGGAGCCUGACUGCUGACAGCAUCCUUCUAUCAGCAAAAGGGGAUAUAAAAAUAGCGGAUAUUGGAGGUUGCUUGUUAAAGAGAAUGGGUAGCGACAUGUCGCAGGGCGAUGUACGAUCCCUGGGAGCAAUAAUCAUCCAGUGCCUCGAACCAGAUACGGCAUUGAGAAGGGGAGAUCUCCUGAAGGACGAGAAAUGGGACGCAGUAUUGCGUGAAUUUCAGCUCCAUACUCAGACAAAAUCCGCCAAAGAGCUGCUUCAGCGGUCCCCCGGCCCAAACUGCCUCAAACCAUACGUCUGCAUUGCGCGAGAGACUAUUUUCAGCAAUUCCAAAGUCCUUCUUGAAUAG